AUGGGCAGCGGUCACACAGGCAGCAGCAGUGGCAGUGGCUUCACGGGGUUCAGGGGCGCUUGGUCGGGGAAUCUUAUAGCGAGUGAGCAGCUGGGGGUGGAGACGGUUGAUAUGGCGCAGAUGGAGCUGCCUGUAGCGGGGAUGGCUGGGUUCUGGAGUGAGGAAGAGGGGAGGGCGACUGGGGGGCGUGCGAGAGGGAGUGGGUGGAGCAACAGAGAGGGUGGUGGUGUUGGUGGGGGUGGAGGAGGAGGGAGUGGGGGGAAAGGUUCAGCCGCCCAGGGUUCGGCCGCCCAGGGUUCGGCCGGCCAGGGUUCGGCUGUGCAUGAGACACCUGCGUCUCCCUUCGCCUUCCCCUCCAUCCACAGCCAAACGAUUCAAGGAAACAUUUCCUCAAACCCAGAAAGAAAUCUUUCGCUUUCAGGGCAGCUUUUAAGAAUCCGUAGAAGCGGGUCAGGUAUACCUUCCGGGCAGGACAACAGGGUGAAAGAGAAAGACGGCGGUGCGAGGAACGGGGCGAGAGGCGAGGAGGAGGAGGAAGAGGAGGAUUCAGCAGCAGCAGCAGCGGCGGCGGCGGCGGCGGCGGCGGGUGCAAGGAGCAGUUUCAGCUUCAACGUGCCUCGUUCCCUCGUGCCUCUUGCUGCUGCUGGUGGUGAUGGUAGUGGUGGUGGUGGUGGUGGUGGUGGUGGUGGUGGUGGUGGUGGUGGUGGUGGUGGUGGUGGUGGUGGCAUCAAGAGCAGCAGGAGCAGCAGCAGAGCGGGGUCCAUAGAUGUGAGUGAUCCUGCUGCGGUGGCCGCUGCUGCUGUGGCGACUUUUGAGGCGAUUCAAAAGUCUGAUCCUGCUGCUGUGGCCGCUGCUGUUGUGGCGGAGCAUCAAGCUGAGCUUGCUGCUGCUGCCGCUGCUGGUGGUGCUUCUGCUGGUGGCGGUGCUGCUGCUGCUGUAGCUGCUGCUGCUGGCAUUGCUGCUGGUGCUGGCUAUGCUGCUGGUGCUGCUGAUGCCGCUGCUGUUCCUGCUGGUUCUACCACUGGUGGUGCUUCUGGUGCAAGUGCGGGUGCUGCUGGCAAUGCUGCUGGCAAUGCUGCUAGCAGUGCUGCUGCUAGUGCAGGCGGCAGUGUGACUGGCAAGGGCAAGGCAUCCUGGCUCCGCCACAUGCUAAGAUCCACUUUCGGAUCCGUAAAGGCCCCUCCAUCCCCUCGCCGCGCUGCUGCUGCUGCCGCCGCUGCUGCUGGUGGUGGUGCUGAUGGUGCUGCAUCAGGCUCUGGACCCAAAUUUGCUGGUAGAACUACUGGUGGGUCUGAGUCUGACAGUGCUUCCAGGGGCAGGAAGAGUGCUGGGUGGAAGAGAGGAGAGGGGCCAUGGAUAGCAGACGGGGAGAGGAGGCGCAGGAGCGCGAGUGGUGUGGACGUGCAGAGGAGAGCGAGCAAGGAGGGAGAGGAGGAGGGAGAGGAGGGGGGAGUGGAGGAGGGAGAGGGGGAGGGAGAGGGGGAAGAAGCGGGGGCGUUGAGAGGAAGGUCUGUGACAACUGGAUCAGCUGGGCUGGUUCGUUCAGACCCUCACUCCUUGUCACUUCGUGACUCUGCUUCGGAUGCUGCCGGCGCUGCUGGUGCUGUUGGUGGUUCGGGUGGUGCUGGUGCUGCUGGUGCUGCCAAUGGUGCUGGUGCUGCACGUGCCAGCGGUAGCAGGGAUUGCAGCUGGGAUGGCGGUAGGGGCGACAGUAGGGGAGACAGCAGGGGGGGUAGCAGGGGUGCCAGCAGCAGUAACAGGGAAGACAGUAGGGGGCCUAGCAUCAGCAGCAGGGGUGACAGCAGGGGAGACAGCAGGGGGGUGAGCAUGAGCAGCAGGGGGGGAAGCUGUGAGAUGGUGCACGUGCAUGCGGUGGUGGAUCUGCAGCUGUUUCACAUCGGAGGCUGCUCGGACCUCGUUGCUACUGUGCACGUGCCCUCUGCAGUGCAUUUGCCUCUCUGCAGUGCAUUUGCCUCUCUGCAGUGCAUUUGCCUCUCUGCAGUGCAUUUGCUCUCUGCAGUGCAUUUGCCCUCUGCAGUGCAUUUGCCCUCUGCAGUGCAUUUGCCCUCUGCAGUGCAUUUGCCCUCUGCAGUGCAUUUGCCCUCUGCAGUGCAUUUGCCUCUCUGCAGUGCAUUUGCCCUCUGCAGUGCAUUUGCCCUCUGCAGUGCAUUUGCCCUCUGCAGUGCAUUUGCCCUCUGCAGUGCAUUUGCCCUCUGCAGUGCAUUUGCCCUCUGUAGUGCAUUUGCCCUCUGCAGUGCAUUUGCCCUCUGCAGUGCAUUUGCCCUCUGCAGUGCAUUUGCCCUCUGCAGUGCAUUUGCCCUCUGCAGUGCACUUGCCCUCUGCAGUGCAUUUGCCCUCUGCAGUGCACUUGCCCUCUGCAGUGCACUUGCCCUCUGCAGUGCAUUUGCCCUCUGCAGUGCACUUGCCCUCUGCAGUGCACUUGCCCUCUGCAGUGCAUUUGCCCUCUGCAGUGCAUUUGCCCUCUGCAGUGCAUUUGCCUCUCUGCAUGCAUUUGCCCUCUGCAGUGCAUUUGCCCUCUGCAGUGCAUUUGCCCUCUGCAGUUCAUUUGCCCUCUGCAGUGCAUUUGCCCUCUGCAGUGCAUUUGCCCUCUGCAGUGCAUUUGCCCUCUGCAGUGCACUUGCCCUCUGCAGUGCAUUUGCCCUCUGCAGUGCACUUGCCCUCUGCAGUGCACUUGCCCUCUGCAGUGCAUUUGCCCUCUGCAGUGCAUUUGCCCUCUGCAGUGCACUUGCCCUCUGCAGUGCAUUUGCCCUCUGCAGUGCACUUGCCCUCUGCAGUGCACUUGCCCUCUGCAGUGCACUUGCCCUCUGCAGUGCACUUGCCCUCUGCAGUGCACUUGCCCUCUGCAGUGCACUUGGCCUCUGCAGUGCACUUGCCCUCUGCAGUGCACUUGCCCUCUCCCUACUCCGUACCUCCACCUCGCCCAUCAUCGGGACAGCUCGUCCCCACAAGAUCACCUCAACCGGCCACCUCAUUUCUCUUGUCCCCUUUCUCCCGUGCGUUUGUGCGUUUGUGCCCCUCUGCUGCAGUGCACUUGCCCUCUCCCUACUCCGUACCUUCUUCCCGGCCAACAUCUGGACAGCUCAUCCCCACGAGAUCACCACAGGCAACCACCACCCCAUUCCCACAACAACAGCACCACGGCAACAGCACCAGCAUCACCAGCAACACCACCAGCAGCGGCAUGAGCAGCCACUCUCUCCCACACUCGCUCUCACUUCCCCUCUGUCCUCAUCCCUCCCUCUCACUUCGCAUAUCCCUUCAUCAUCCCCCCACGGCAUAUCCUCUUCUCAUUCUCUCCCCCCAUCGUCCCCUAGACAACCUUCCCAAGCCACAUCCCCCCUCCCUCUCCUCACUCCCCAACGUCCCCACCCCUCAUCCUCCUCUCCCUCUCCUCUCUCCUCCCCCUUCCCUCUCUCCUCUCCCUCUCCUCACUCCGCCUUACCCCGCCCCACCCACUCCCAUCUACCCCUCCAGCCCCCACCCCCCCAUCUCCCCCCAUCAUCCCACCUCAUUACAAGAACUUCGCCUCUUCUCGACCUGGCAGGCAUAGGGGCUGUGACUCUAACGGGGGAAGAGGGCAGGGUUACCCUGUGCAACCUGGCGGCCAAUAGGAUGCUUGCGGGGAGAUUCUCGGCCAAUGGGGUGGCUCUGGGCGGAGUGCCAGCGUGGCAGGUGGAAGGGCGGGUGCUGAGCGAUUUUGUUGAUGAGGCAUCACGCGGUGCUUUCAUGUGCGACUACACAGCUGUGUGCACGGGCCUAUCGCAGCGCUCCCAGCAGGAGGCGCUCCCAGCAGGAGGCGCUCCCAGCAGGAGGCGCUCCCAGCAGGAGGUGCACGGGCCUAGCGCAGCUUUUCUUUCCCUUUUCCUCUCUUCCCCUCCAUUACCCUGUCCCCUUCUUUACCCCCAUCAGUCUGACUACACAGCUGUGUGCACGGGCCUAGCGCAGCGCUCCCAGCAGGAAGUGCGGUCCGACUACACAGCUGUGUGCACGGGCCUAGCGCAGCGCUCCCAGCAGGAAGUGCGGGUGAGCAGCAGACGGGGCGAUCAGAUGGGUGCGGCUCACAUGCCACCCGCCCCUUGCAUCCUCACCUUUCCUCCCUCGCCCCCCCUGUCCCAUUCUCUGCCUCAUCAGUCUGACUACACCACAGUGUGCACGGGCCUAUCGCAGCGCACACAGCAGGAGGCGCGGGUGAGAGCAGCAGACGGGGCGAUCAGAUGGGUGCGGCUCACAUGCCACCGCAUCAAAUCGAGAGCGGAUAGUAAAGCGCCGCAACGCAUUAGUUCAGAGGGAGGAGGUGUGCCCCACUGUUACCACGCAACGCCUCACAGCUCUAUGAACCCGAAUAGUGACGGCGGUGAGCCUUACCGCAUCAGAGCAGGCUCACCACCCGUCGUCGCGACGAGUUCGGAGGGUGAUUUGCCUCGCAGCGCCGCGAUUGCAGAAGUCGGUCCAUCACAUGGUAUCAGAGCAGCAGGCUCACCGUCACCACAGGUCGCACUGAGUUCGGAGGGUGAUGCGACUCACAGCACCACCGCAGCAGGCUUGCUGGUCACGAGUACAGAUGGUACAGAUGGUACAAGUGCGGAGGGUCACCCUUCGGAGGGUGGUAGUGUUACUCCUCCUCACACCGAGCCCACUCGCUGUUCCAUUGGUCAAGGGGCAAGUGAGGGGGACGGAGGAGCUGUAGCAGCACAGGAUGUAGCAGAAGCGGCUGUAGCAGACGGGGCUGUAGCAGAAUUGGCUGUAGGUGGGGAAGUUGCAGCUGAAAAUGCUAGAGUUGGGGAGGCUGCAGCUGGGGUUGCUGCAGCUGAGCUGGCGAACGAAGGGAAAGAGGAUGGCGGUUUGAAUGGAUACAGAGGAGAAGGGAGGGGUGUGGUUAUUGAGAGACCAGGCGAGGAGGAGGAGGAGGUGGAAAGGAGAGAGGACGGGAAGGAGGAGCGAGAGGAGGAGGAGACACGAGAGGAGGAGCGUAAGGCACAGGAAGAGGAGGACGGGAAGGAGGAGCGGAAAGAGGAAAGGAAAGAGGAGCGAGAGGGGGAUGGCGAGGAGGGGGGAGAUGAGGAGGAGAAGGUGAGGGAGGUGCAGGUGCUGUGCCUAUUGGAGGAUAUCAGCGACAGGAAGGCACUGGAGCAGAGCAUGUGGAAGUACAAGAUGAUGGUGGAGAAUCUACCAUUCCCUCUCUUACUUGUGUCCCUUUUCUCCUAUCACCCGUUCUCUCCCCCUCUUCCUGCCUCACCCCCCCAUCAGGAGCAGGAGGAGCAGAGCAUGUGGAAGUACAAGAUGAUGGUGGAGAAUCUACCAGGCGGCGCUGUCUUAAUGACCAGAGCACUGGACGGCCGACAGGAGGUGCUCAUCAACUCUACUGCUGCUCACCUGCUGGGGUGCGCCCGCGGGGACAUUGACAGCGUGGAGAAGUGGUUCCGGGCGCUGUAUGGGCGGGAGAAUGCGGCGAAAGCGCAGAGGAAGUACGAGGGGAGAAGGAUGGGCGCUGCGCGGAACAACGUUUUCAAUACUGUGCUGCCCAUUCGGCGCAAGGACGGAUCCAAGCUGCUGCUGGAUGCCACAUCCUACUCGCUGGGCUUUGGCGAUAUGUGGCUGGUGAAUGACAUCACAGAGAGUCGCAAGAACCAGUUCAAGUUCAAAAUGCUCUUUGAGCUCUCCUCCGUGAGUCUCAUGGUGCCUGUAACUGUAGCUGCUGCUCCGGUGUGUAGUCUGCUCCCCUCUGUGAAUGAUCGUCUCUCAGUAGCUGCUCUCCUUGGUGAGGCUGCUGGUUGUGUGCCUAGUCCCCGGCAGGACCCCAAGCUACUCCUAACGAAGGCGGGGCGCAUUUUUGACUGCAACCAAGCAGCAGACCCCAAGCUACUCCUGACCAAGGACGGGCGCAUGUUUGACUGCAACCAGGCGGCAGACCCCAAGCUACUGCUAACAAAGGACGGGCGCGUGUUUGACUGCAACCAGGCGGCAGUGAGAAUCCUCAAGUGCCCCACCAAGGAGUCCCUCCUCGGCCGCACGCCCUGGCGCCUCUCGCCCCUCCAGCAGCCCACCACCAAGCAGCCUGCCUCCGCUCUUAAAGCCAUUCUCGCCCACCUCGCUGCCUCCAACCAGCCCUCCAACCGAUCCUCAGGCUCGGGAAACUUCUAUCCGGGCCUCUCCGGUUCGUCGUCACCGUUUCCUGCCACCCCUGCCGCCACCGCUGCUGCUGCCUCCGGCUCGGCGGGUGGUUCGGCAGGAGUCUCGGCAGGAGGCUCGGCGGGAGGCUCGGCAGCAGCAGACGCAACCAGUGGCCUGGCGGGAGACUCGGUGGGAGGCACGGGGAACAGGUGGCGGCGAUUCGAGUGGGUCUUCCGGGACGAAGAGGGAGGAGAAGUGCUGGUCGAGGUCCUCUGCCGCAUGGUCGAAUUUUUCGGGGAAAACGUCUAUCUCAUGGUGUGGCACGACAUAGCCGAGGUGAAGCGGAAGGAGGCGGACUUGCAGCGGGCGAAGCUCGAAGCAGAAAAAGCCAGCCUGGCGAAGACCCAGUUCCUGGCGAAUAUGAGCCAUGAGAUUCGGACCCCGAUGAACGGCGUGAUCGGGGUCGCGGAGCUGUUACUGGAUACGCCCUUGUCGGAGGAGCAGCAGAUGCUGGUGAACACGAUCCGGUCGUCGAGCCAGGGGUUGCUGCAUAUCCUGUCGGACAUUUUGGAUCUGAGCAAGAUUGAGAAUGAACGGAUGGCGCUGGAGUUUGCAGAGUUUGACGUGAGGGAGCACCUUGCGCACUCGCUGGCGCUCUAUGAAGUUUCUGCAAGAGACAAGAAGCUGCAGCUCAAGUCCCACGUGAGUCGCGACGUGCCGCUAAAAAUCCUAGCAGACGCAGUGAGGGUGAGACAGGUUUUUCUCAACCUCGUUUCCAACGCCAUCAAGUUCACCGCCCGCGGCCGCGUCACCGUGCGAAUCUCCACCGUCGAUCCCGCCGACUCGGGCGGCAGUGGCGGCGGGCGGCGGCGCGAGUCGUUCUCGUCCCUAGCGCCGCUGCUGCAGCUGGAGGAGAGGCGGGGGGAGCCUGUGGAUAAAGUCCUGCUCAAGUAUUCAGUGUCAGACACGGGAAUCGGAAUCUCCAAGGACGUUCAGGGGAGCUUGUUCCAGGCAUUCACACAGGCCGACAACACCACGUGCAGGCGGUUUGGCGGCACGGGGCUGGGCUUGGCGAUCUGCAAGGCGCUGGUGAACCUCAUGGGGGGGGAGAUCUCUGUCUCCAGUGUGGAGGGGCAGGGAUCCACCUUUGAGUUCACCGUCUGUGCGGGAGUGAGUGAGGACGUGGGCCAGUGUGGGUCAGUGAGUGAGGAGGGAGACGGGGAGGAGGAUGAGGGAGUGUAUGAUAGUGUGUGUGAGAGUGAGGAUGAGGAGGAGGGAGUGGAGGAGACAGAUGAGGAGGGGCAUGAGGAGGAGGAAGAGGAGGGGGAGGAGGAGGAGAAUGGGGAUUCAGGUUCGGAAGAUGAUGAACCGGAGAACUUCUCUCGCUCGCGGACCACCCGAACCUCCCUGGAUUACCGAGCCUUGACUGUCCGAGGCUCCUUAGGCCUCCCGGUCCGCAGCCGAACCGCCGACUCAGCAAUGGGUGCAGGUUCGCGCCGUCUGGCCCUCACCAUACCAGCCACAGGUUCGGAAAAGAGCAGAAGCAAGAACAAGUUAAAAGGUGCAAUUAAGGGAGGAGCCCAAGUCUCGUCAGGUUCGGACCAGACGUCCAGCCGAGGUACGGCAAGCGCCGGACCAUUUUCCCCCACCACAAUCGCCCAGGCCAACGCUUCUGGUGCGUACGGAAUUGCCAAAGCUGCUGCCGGAGCUGCAGGUUCGGCAACCAGCCUCGGAACCACUAGCGGCCGAAGCAUAGCUGGUGGGCGGCAUCGCUCGUUUGAAGAAGCAACGCCAGUGCUGCCGGCUGUAGCGCGGCAGUGGAGAGUGCUUGUAGCAGAAGACAACAAAGUCAACCAGUUAGUGGUAACCCGCAUGCUCAAGAAUCUAGGGCUCAGAUUCGACGUCGUGGACAACGGGUUGCAAGCUUUGGAAGCUUGUCUUAAGAGUAGAUACGAUUUGGUUCUGAUGGAUUGCCAUAUGCCGGAAAUGGAUGGGUUGGAGGCUACUAGGAGGAUUAGGAAGGCCGAGGCAGAGAGGAGUUGUCGGAGUGAGGGGGAUAGCCGUAGUGAUUGUAGUGAUGGUGAGAGCAAUGAGAGACGGAGGAGGGAAGAUGGGGAUGCGGGUGCUACUGGUGCAGCAGCUGCUGCUGCUGGUGCUGCAGUGGCGGUGGGUGAUGGGUUGAGUAGGAGUGGCAGAAGCAACAGGAGCAGUGGUGGUGCUGGUGGUAUGAGCAGGAGUGGCAGUUCUAAGAGAGCAGGGAAUGCUGGUGGAGUGAGCAGGCGGGAUAGCGGAAGGGGCAGUGGUAGGUUUAGUGUGGUGGAGAACGGCAAAGAUGGAGGGUUGGGGGAGCAGGAGCAGCAGGAGGGAGAGCAGGCGCCGGUGGUGAUAGCGGCGCUGACAGCGAGUGCGUUUGACUUUGAGAGAGAGGCGUGCUUUGCUGCGGGCAUGGACCACUUCCUCACCAAACCCAUCCGCCCCAAAGACCUGCAGCAGCUCCUGCUCUCCCUUGCCACUUCCCCGCCAAAGGCAUGA